UUUCAGAAAACUUCGCCAAAAUCCCCCAAUUCCCAAACCCUAAUCCCGUUGAAUUGAUCAAUCAACCUUUUGCCGCCGCUAUUACCGCCGCAUCUUGUCACGCAGUCGCCGAGUCUUUCAUUCGGUUAGAGAAAACUAUGGAUAUUGAAGAGGAUGGUGACUAUCAGGAGUACAUUCCUGUGCAUAAGAGAAGGGCUAUGGCCGCGGAAAGUUUACUAAAGAGGAAAGGGAAGGAAUCAGCUUCAGUUGAAGUUGAAGAUGAAUCUGAGAAAGCUAAAGCUCAAGAUGCUAAACCAAGUCUUCUUGUUAAGGCUACUCAAUUGAAGAAAGAUGUUCCUGAAGUCAGUCCCACAGAGCAAAUAGUACUACAAGAGAAGGAAAUGAUUGAAAAUCUUUCAGACAGGAAAACCCUUAUGUCUGUUCGGGAGUUAGCCAAGGGUAUAACAUACACCGAACCGCUUUGGACUGGAUGGAAACCUCCCUUGGCCAUUAGAAGGAUGUCGAAAAAACAGUGUGAUACGAUUCGGAAACAAUGGCAUAUAAUAGUCGAUGGCGAUGAUGCUCCACCUCCUAUUAAGAAUUUCAAGGAUAUGAGGUUUCCUGAACCUAUGUUGAGCAAGUUAAAAGAGAAGGGAAUUGUUCAACCCACACCAAUUCAAGUGCAAGGACUCCCAGUUAUCCUGUCUGGUAGAGAUAUGAUUGGUAUAGCGUUUACUGGCUCUGGAAAGACGUUGGUUUUUGUCUUGCCUCUUAUAAUGAUUGCGCUGCAGGAGGAGAUGAUGAUGCCUAUUGCUGCUGGAGAAGGGCCAUUUGGGUUGGUAGUUUGCCCAUCAAGAGAGCUUGCAAGACAGACUUAUGAGGUUGUGGAACAGUUUUUGAUUCCACUAAGGGAUGUUGGGUAUCCAGAAUUAAGACCAUUGCUGUGUAUUGGAGGGGUGGAUAUGCGCUCACAAGUUGAGGUUGUGAAGAGGGGUGUGCAUAUAGUUGUUGCUACUCCAGGUAGGCUCAAGGAUAUGCUUGCCAAGAAGAAAAUGAAUCUUGAUAAUUGCAGAUAUUUAUGCUUGGAUGAGGCUGAUCGACUGGUAGAUUUAGGAUUUGAGGAUGAUAUCAGAGAAGUAUUUGAUCAUUUUAAGGCUCAAAGGCAGACAGUCUUGUUCUCUGCCACAAUGCCAACAAAGAUCCAGAACUUUGCCAGAAGUGCACUGGUUAAGCCUGUUGUUGUCAAUGUCGGUAGAGCUGGAGCUGCUAAUCUUGAUGUCAUUCAAGAAGUUGAAUACGUGAAGCAGGAGGCGAAAAUCGUUUACCUCCUCGAGUGCUUGCAAAAGACCCCGCCCCCAGUUCUAAUAUUUUGUGAAAACAAAGCCGAUGUGGAUGAUAUUCACGAGUAUCUCCUUCUGAAAGGGGUUGAAGCUGUCGCCGUCCAUGGGGGCAAAGAUCAAGAAGAUAGAGAAUACGCAAUAAAAUCUUUCAAAGCCGGGAAGAAGGAUGUCUUAGUUGCCACUGAUGUUGCCUCAAAGGGGCUGGAUUUUCCUGAUAUACAACAUGUCAUCAACUACGACAUGCCUGCUGAGAUUGAAAAUUAUGUCCAUCGUAUAGGACGAACAGGAAGAUGUGGUAAGACAGGAAUUGCAACGACAUUCAUAAACAGAAACCAAAGCGAGACGACACUUCUUGAUCUGAAACAUCUUUUGCAAGAAGCGAAGCAGAGAAUACCUCCGGUGUUGGCUGAACUUGACGAUCCAAUGGAAGAAGCCGAGGCAAUUGCUAGUGCCAGUGGAGUCAAAGGAUGUGCGUACUGUGGAGGGCUCGGUCACAGGAUCCAGAAUUGCCCGAAACUGGAGCAUCAGAAGACGCAACAACUUGUCAAUUCCCGAAAGGAUUAUUUUGGUGGUGGUGGUUACAGAGGAGAAAUAUGAUGGCCUUCUCUGGUGUAUUAGUUGUGUAUUAGUUUUAUAGAUCUGUUGCAUGUAUUGGACAAAAUCCGUUUCCCGAGUGUUUUGAGAAAUACAGACACGGUUGUAUAGGAGACCAGCCAUCUAUUUCUUCACGUCUAAUCGCUUGCCUAAGGUUGUAUAUUUGAUUAAUGUAGCUUAGAUUCCUUGAAAAUUUAGUCUCAACCAUGUCUAAAUGAAGGCAGGUUGCAUAUCAGUCGCAUUGAGUUAUCUGAUAUGAUCUUGAAUGUCACUUGAAAGUUUGUUUGGUUUAACACGAUUCGGUUUAACACCGCUCU